AUGAGUCGAUCCACUUGUCCACCACAUCAGUCAUCGGAUCUAUCAAGCAAUAUAUCGAUUCUCAAUUUGAUAGACAGAAACUAUGGGAAUGAACAGCUUCAAUCGAACAUCAACAACAUAUUAGCUCAGAUGAUACGAACUAGUGAUCAAACCAGUAACGACACCAGCACCAUAGAACCAAGCAGCAGCUCUAUGCCAGUAGAAUAUACAACAUCGCUACAACAGCCACAAAAACCAGCUAACUCAGCUAACAAUUCACUGACAAACAAAGAAAAAGAAACUAAACAACCUACAGGUAAAUAUUCUCUAACACCAGUAUUAAAUGAUCUUAUUAAGAAGGCAUCCAAGGUUACUCUUCAAGGCCAAAACACAACUAUAACAUCUGCAAACCCACAUUUAUUCAAAUUGACAUCACAAAAAUACCUAUCCUUUGAUUACACAAACUUUAAGA